UGUGCAAGCCACACACCACACAUCGUCGUGCUUGCUAGCUGCACCUGGCAAGCAGAAUGGGCAGGUCGUCCCGCUGCAGCUGCAGCAGAUCAGUGGCCGCCGUGCAGCUGCUGGUGGCCAUCUCAGCGGUCUGCGGCGCCGCCCUCUCGUCGGCCACGGUGACCGUGAACGAACCCGAUAUCGCAAACGGCCUCUCCUGGAGGUUCUACGACGCGUCCUGCCCGUACGUGGAGGACAUCGUGAGCUGGCACGUCACCGAGGCACUCCGCCGCGACAUCGGCAUCGCCGCCGGGCUCAUCCGCAUCUUCUUCCACGACUGCUUCCCGCAGGGCUGCGACGCGUCCGUGCUCCUGUCGGGUCCCAAGAGCGAGCAGAUUGAGAUACCCAACCAGACGCUGCGUCCCGCGGCGCUGAAACUCAUCGACGACAUCCGCGCCGACGUCCACGCCACCUGUGGGCCAACCGUGUCCUGCGCCGACAUCACCACGCUAGCUACCCGGGACGCCGUCGUCGCGUCCGGCGGCCCCUUCUUCGACGUUCCUCUGGGGCGUCGCGACGGUCUGGCGCCGGCGUCGAGCGACCUGGUGGGCACCCUGCCGGCGCCCUUCUUCGACGUUCCGACGCUGAUCUCGGCGUUCGAGAACCGCGGCCUGAACAAGGCGGACCUGGUGGCUCUCUCCGGCGCGCACACCGUGGGCCGCGGCCACUGCUCCUCCUUCAGCGACCGUCUGCCGCCGAACGCGGACGACGACACCAUGGACCCGGCGUUCCGGCGGAAGCUGGCGGCCAAGUGCGCCAGCGACCCCAGCGGGAACGUGGUCACCCAGGUGCUGGACGUGCGCACGCCCGACGCCUUCGACAACAAGUACUACUUCGACCUCAUCGCCAAGCAGGGGCUGUUCAAGUCGGACCAGGGCCUCAUCAACCACCCGGACACCAUGCGCACCGCCACACGCUUCGCGCUCAACCAGGCCGCCUUCUUCGAACAGUUCGCCAGGUCCUUCGUCAAGAUGAGCCAGAUGGACGUGCUCACCGGCACCGCCGGAGAGAUCCGCCUCAACUGCUCCGUGCCCAAUAUCGUCGUCUCAUCAUCAGCCCACACCGCCGCCGGCGACGGCGACGAGGGGCGAGCGGCCGACGAGUGAAUGAUGAUUAGCUGUACGUAACUCACUGUAACAGGUCAUGGGCCAUGGCGUGUCUCUUCUCCAUCAGUGUUGUCAAACUGUCAGAUAGCUUAGCAACCAUGCGUGCUGCUGUCAUGGACUCAUGCAUGGUCGUCAUAUAGCUUUUCAAAUAAGCCAGGCCUAUAUAGUUGAGUGAGUUUGCUUCUU